AUGGCGAACAAUGUGGGUCAGCAACCGCCAUCUCCUUCAGCCAUGCAUUUGUAUCAGAGCGCAUCACCCACCACUCCAACACACGUUGAUCACGCACGUCAUAAAGGAUACACAUUAGAAGAGGUGCACAGUUGGUCUGAAGCCAAAGUUGCAGAAUGGUUAUCGCAUCUCAACCAUGGCCGCCAUAGAAACAAGUUUAUUGAAAACAAUAUCACGGGUGCUGUAUUACUCGACCUUGACAAUGAAGCGUUGAAGGCUAUGGAUAUCAGAACAGUGGGUGAACGAGUGAAGCUAUUGGUGGCUGUACGAUCUCUACGACAAGAGUGUUAUGCUGCUGUUGCAAAUGCAGCAAGGGCAAGAAUUGCCCAUGGCGACCAACGAGCCGAUUACCGCAUGCAUAAUCAAUCCAGCACAUCCAUAGCAACAGCACAAACAUUGACAGCUGGCUCUUCACUAUAUCAUAUUGAUGGACAUGGGAAGCACGAAGGAUUCAAUGUCACCAGCCCACAUUCUGAAAAGUCAUCAAAGUCAUCUGAAGGGAAAAGUUUGCUCAAUCGAUCCAAUUCAUUCUCACGCUUCCUGGGUCGAUCCGAUUCGAAAAAGUCUUCUCGUUCUGGUCAAGAUGUACCACCCAUGCCACCCAGCCCAAAAACUAUUCAGAAGCGCAAGUCAUUGGAGAAAGGCAUCAUGUCAAUGGAAAAAGUCAAGCAGACAUGUGUCAAAGUAUUUGGAGAAGAGGGCCAAACUCGGAUCGUCAAUGUGCACAAUACAUCGGAUGCAAAGGCUAUCAUGGCCAAGGUGUUACACAAGUUUGGUAUCGACGAAUGCAACGCAGAUCGAUAUUGCAUAUUUGUUGGAUCAAGUACCAAUGGAGAAGCACGUGCAUUGAAGGAUGAUGAGCUUGUUGAGAUUUGUCGAUCAGCUGACCGGCCUGAAAAAGAGCGACUGAUUUUAAGGAAACGACACAUGUAUCCCACCCAUGAAGAAUUCAAGCGCAAAGGAACCACCAAUUGGAAGUUUCCCAGAAACCCAAUGCAAUCCGAUAUCGACAAUACAAGUGCAUUCAGCAUUCAUUCUCCCAGCAUAUCAGAGACACCUCAACCAUGGAUGCCUGAUAAACAAAUGACCCUCGACAUCAUCACCGGCUCUUCAUCCACCGACAGCCUUAGUUCACGAGCGAGCCGACGUCCUCAAAAUCAAGCACGUGUACGCCGCUUCUUUGGUGAACGUCCGCCAUCCGAAGUCAUUUCAUCCAACCUCCCAUCCUUCUUUCCCAACCACAAACGUGAAAUGCUUGAAACAGCUGGUAUCAAUGCGAAGCGUAUGUCCAUGACUAGAACAUCAUCCAUGGCACGAAGAGAAAGUCGAGCUGCUUUUCGUAACAGUGUACUACCCGAAUUGGUGUCUGUUUUGGGUGUCGAUCUCGGCAAAUUCUUAGAAGAAGAGGAGGAAACAGCUGAUAAUCAAACAUUGGAGACAAUGAGCCAGGAUAUGGAGGAUAAAGAAAAGGACGAAGACAAAGAAGAGGAAGCAGCCACAACAACAACAACGGCAACACCACCAGCAGAGGAAGAAGAGAAUGACCACAAGAGCAUCCAUGUACCAAGCAUCAUUGAGGAACCUGAAACUCCCUCUUCGAGUACAGUAACACAAUCAACAACAGUGACUGAGACAACAGGUACAAUGAAAAAGACAUUGUGCUACAACCAGCAGCUAAUCUUGGGUUUAGACACUCCCGACUCAAAUGAACCUGAGCGUGACGCACCAAUGAUAUCCGAUGACUCGCCUCUUGCUUGGAUGAAGGGAUCACUUAUUGGCAGAGGAACUUUUGGUGAUGUCUAUCUUGGAUUGAAUCCACUCAAUGGAGAGCUGAUGGCGGUGAAACAAGUUGAAUUGCCUGUCGAGAACUCUGCUACGGAAAAUCAAAAGCGUUCAAUGGUGGAAGCUUUACAGCGAGAGAUUGCCCUGUUGAAGGAAUUACAACAUGAAAAUAUUGUACAAUACCUGGGCUCUCAAACGGAUAUGGCGCAUUUUAGCAUCUUCCUCGAAUAUGUGCCAGGUGGUUCAGUGGCUGGUCUACUCGCAAGCUAUGGUGCCUUCCAAGAACCGCUCGUCCAAAGCUUUGUACGUCAAAUUCUCAAGGGCUUGAACUACUUGCAUGGCAAGGACAUUGUACACAGAGAUAUCAAGGGUGCCAAUGUACUAGUUGAUAAUAAAGGAGGCGUCAAGAUCAGCGAUUUUGGUAUCUCAAAAAAGGUGGAAGAAGACAUUAUGCAAGUUUCAUCGGCAGCACAUCGACCUAGUUUGCAAGGCUCAAUAUUCUGGAUGGCACCAGAAGUCGUUAAACAAACGCAUUAUACCCGCAAAGCCGAUAUAUGGUCUUUGGGCUGCAUGGUGGUUGAAAUGUUCACCGGUGAUCAUCCUUUCCCCGAAUUCUCACAAAUGCAAGCCAUAUUCAAGAUUGGAAGCUACACAGCACCGAAUAUUCCCGAGAACAUUAGCGAGGAAGCCAAGGAUUUCUUAAAAUGCACAUUCAAAUUAAAUCACGAGGAAAGACCAAGUGCAAAGGAGUUAUUGGAUCAUCCAUUCUUGAAGAUAUAG